UUCGCGCGAGGAUGCUAUCCAGUGGAUAACCUUUUUCGGUCGGAUUUCGGCGCCGGGAUCGCUUCCAAGCGGCGGAUUAACCAUGGACGACGUCGAAACCGGCGGAGGCCAUGGUCCGGAGCAGGGCAUUCCGGACAUGACGGCCUUGAGCCGCAUCGACGAGGACACCAUCAACACCAACCUCCGGACACGCUACAGGAAGGACAAGAUCUACACAUACACAGGGACCAUCCUCAUCGCCGUCAAUCCCUACAAGGAGCUAAACAUCUACGACACGGACUGGGUGCUCCGGUACAACGGCCGGAAGAUCGGCCAGCAGGAGCCCCACGUGUACGCCAUCGCGGAGUCCGCCUACGACAGCCUCCAGAACAUGACCGCCAACCAGGCGUGCGUCAUCAGCGGAGAGAGCGGCGCUGGAAAGACGGAGACCACCAAGUUCAUCCUCCAGUACCUGUGUACGGUGACGACCAACGUGUCCACCUGGAUCGAGCAGCAGAUCCUCGAGGCGAACACCAUCCUGGAAGCAUUCGGCAACGCCAAGACGGUGCGCAACGACAACUCGAGCCGCUUCGGCAAGUUCAUCCAAGUGUGCUUCGACAACCGGUUCCAGAUCAAGGGCUGCAUCAUCCAGGACUACCUGCUCGAGCAGUCCCGGAUCACCUUCCAGUCGGCCGGCGAGCGGAACUACCACAUCUUCUACCAGCUGGUGGCGGGGGCCCAGCGCUGCGCGGAGCUCCGCGACCAGUUCGCCAUCGGCCCCGUGGAACGCUACACGUACCUCUCGCAGAGCGGAUGCAUGAGCAUCGACGGCGUCGACGACGCCCUCAUGUUCGACAGCCUCCGCCUGGCCGUCUCCGUCCUCAACAUCCCGCAGGAGAUGGUGGACGGCAUCUUCAGCGUGCUGAGUGCCAUCCUCUGGCUGGGCAACCUCCAGUUCCAGGACUCGGAGGACGAGAGGAGCUCGCUCACGCCGGCCGACGAGGAGAUCCUCAUGACGGUGGCCACUCUGCUGGGCUUCCAGCCCGAAGACCUCACCUACGUGGCGCUGCACCGCCAGAUCAUCGUCAGGGGAAACGUCACCGAGAUUCCGCUCAAGUACCACGAGGCACAGCAGAACCGUCACGCCAUGGCGAAGGCCCUCUACUCGAGGACCUUUGCCUGGAUCGUCAACUACAUCAACAUGUGCACCAGCCCUGGCAGAGACAGCAACCGCUUCCUGGGUGUCCUUGACAUCUUCGGCUUUGAAAACUUCGAGGUGAACAGCUUCGAGCAGCUGUGCAUCAACUACACCAACGAGAAGCUGCACAAAUUCUUCAAUCACUAUGUGUUUGCUCUGGAGCAAGAAAUGUACCGGCAAGAAGACAUCCAGUACUCGCACAUCCACUUCACGGACAACUCCGCCUGCUUGGAACUCAUAGAAAAGCCGCCCAAAUGCAUCCUCAAGCUCCUGGUCGAAGAAUGCCGCAUGCCAAAGGGCACGGACAUCAGCUUUGUGAGCAAGCUGCACCAGGAGCUGGAGAGCCACUGCUACUACGUGCGGGGCGACGACCGGCGCCGCUGGGAGCAGGAGUUUGGGAUCCGCCACUACGCCGGCGCGGUGGUCUACACGACGCAGGGCUUCCUGGAGAAGAACAAGGACGUGCAGCAAGACCAGCUCUUCGAGAUGAUGCGCAAGUCCACCAAUGCCUUCGUCAAGGACCUUGUCAAGUUCCAGGAUCUCCUGGAGGUGACCCUGUCCCGACUGGCAGCUGGUGGCACCACAAUGACGAAGACAAUGAACAAGAGCAAGCCCACCGUGGCAGACGCCUUCAGGCACCAACUCACGGCCCUGGUUGAACUGCUGCACUCCACCGUGCCAUGGUAUGUGAGGUGCAUCAAGCCCAACACCCACAAGACGGCCAACAACUACGACAACGAGCAAGUCCUCACCCAGCUGAGGUACCUCGGCAUGUUGGACAUCAUCCGAAUCCGACAACAGGGCUACCCGAUCCACAGCGGCAUCGACGACUUCCUGAGGCGGUACCGGUGCCUUGUGCGGCAUUUGGUCGUUUUGCCGCCCGACCCCUUGAAGGGCUGCAGGCUGAUUCUGGAGAAACUACAGAUGCCAAAGAUAGAGUGGCAGAUUGGCAAAACCAAGGUGUUUCUAAGAAGUUCCGUGUACGAUCCCCUCGAAGAGGCACGGAGAAAACUGCUGCGUGAAAUGUCGCUCAUCAUACAGAAAGUCUGGAGAGGUUGGAGGCAACGCAAGAUUUUCCUGAGAGAGCGGUGGGCAGCCAUCCGGAUCCAGCAACACUUCCGUGGACAUCGGCAGAUGAUCCGAUUCCUGCGGAUGCGCCGUGCUGCCAUCACCAUUCAGGCCUACGUUCGAGGCACAUUCGCCCGCGAAGUGGCGGCUGCCCUGCGGCAGAUGCGCCGUGUUGAGGCGGAGAUGCGUCGCAAGGAAGAGGAGGAAGAGGAACGCCUGAGGGUGGAGGCCGAGAGGGCAGAGGCCCAGGACGCCGCAGAUGCACGUGACGUUGCCUCCGCAGAGGACCUCAUGCGGACGGCCAAGGAGGAGCUGGCGGCCAUCUCCACCCUGGUCGAGAAGAGUGUGCUCCGACGCAUUCCGGCGGGCUCUGGCGGCGCGGGGGAGCCCGCCCCUCAGGCGGAGUGCCUGGACCUGGACGAGAUGUUCUCGUUCCUGAGUGAGGUGAACGACCCCCACGCUCAGGCACAGGAGUUCGUGACCGGCAUCACCCAGGAGGUCGACUCCAUCAUGCAGGAGGCCGAGGCACACGAGGCGUGCUCGCUGGCCUCGACGGACCUCUCUGCAUCGACGGGCGACCUGCACCACAUGCACCAGGAAGGCGACGUGGACGUGGCGAUGAGCCCGAGCCCCGUGGUGUCUCCCUCUCCGCCGCCGCCGCCCUCCCCCAGCUUCAUCCCGGGCCGCAGGCCUCGCAGCCCGGCCCUGGCAACGCCCCUGGCAGAGCUCAACGGACCUUCGAUGGAGGAUCCCGGCGUGCGGCUGAGGCGCCCCAAUCAACGGCGGCAGCCUGCAAGCCAGACAGAGUCCGAAGAUGCCGAAAGGGAGCUCAGGCGUCGCCACCGGGUGGAGAAGAAGCUCAUCGAGAUGGAGGCUGCGCAAGAGGAUGUGGACGAGGAACAGCAACAGCAGCACCACGACAUGAUUGAGUUUGCGGAGCGCCACUUCAACGCGCACCUGCGUGACUUUGGGGGCGGCCCCAUGAUGCGCACUCUCACCCGGCGAAGGAAGUCUUCGGGAGAGCUGCUGCCCAAGUACGAGAUGGUGACCUUCACCCGGAACAGCGCCAUCCCCACGUCCCACGUCCACAUGUACGACCCGGAGAACGUCACCAUCGCUUGCACCAUCUUCAAGGACCUGUGCAAGUACCUGCGCGGCGACGGCAAGCCCGAGGGCGACGUGCACGCCAUCCAGAGCAUCAUUGGCUACGGCAUCGAGAGGGAGGAGCUCCGGGACGAGAUCUUUGUGCAGCUGGUCCGCCAGUCCACCAACAACCCGAGCCGGGAGGCCUGCGUCCGGGCCUGGCUCCUCAUCGCCCUCUGCGUCGUCUCCUUCAGACCUUCCAAGGCGUUCUCAAAGUAUCUUUACUGCUAUCUGAAGAAGAGCGUCCUGGAGGACUCGGAGAUUGCGGCCUAUGCCCAGUAUUGUCUCAUGAACCUGAACAACACCAAUGCAACCAAUCGGAAGAUGCCGCCGUCCACACUCGAAGUCAACGCGGUGCGGCUGCGUGAGAACCUGGUCUGCCGCUUCUACUUCAUGGACGGGCGGACCAAGGCCAUUGACAUCCACCCUUCGAUCACGGCCGAAGAGGCCAUGCGUACCCUCGCCACCAAGAUCGGCCUCCGAUCCCUCGAAGGCUGGGCACUGUACGAGAGCACCCCUGACCAUGAGCAUGUGAUCAAAGGAUAUGAGUACCUCGCAGAUAUCAUCUAUCAGUGGGAAACGUGUCGCCGUAGCUCAGCAACGCUGACGAAGUACACCACCAUCUCCAAGCGGGGUCCGACAAAGGCGCUGGGAGGCGGAGAGUGCCGCUUUGUGUUCCGCAAGCGGCUCUUCAAGUUUGUCCGCGAAAUCCCCCAGGAUCCCGUGGAAGUGAGCCUGCUCUAUGCGCAGGCGGUCCACGACGUUGUGAAGGCUGAUAGCUUCCCGGUGGUGGAGAGAGUUGCCCUUCAGUUGGCGGGUCUCCAAGCCCAGGUUUCUGUAGGGGAGCCAUCUGAAACUGAGGAACUCGACAGGUACAGGGACGUGGAGAACUACAUUGCUGAGCGCAUCCGGGACACGAGGCCGGAGAACGAGUGGAUCCAGGCCCUGUGCACCGCUCACAGGACUUAUGGCAGUGGCAAGUCUGAGCUGGUGUGCAAGGUGUGGUACCUGUCAAUCGUGAUGCAGUACCCGCUGUACGGCACCACCCUCUUUCCUGUCACCUGCAGGGGCUACCUUACCUAUGAUCACCAGCUUCUGCUGGGCCUCAGCUGCGAGGGGGUGCUGCUGGUAAACGCCGACACUAAGGCGAUCCUGAACGCCUACCGCUACUCUGACCUGGAGUCCGUGCUGGUGAACGAGGACGACCAGGUGCUCACGGUAACACUGUCCAAGAGCGUACCGGACCUGCACAAGUGCUACCUCUUUGAGACGCCCCAGCACCUCGAGGUCGCCGCCCUAGUGGCCAGCUACUGGCCGCCACUGGCUGCCCGCAUGAAGCCUUCCUACGAUCUCAACUACAGGUGCCGUCUGGCAUUUGAGGACCGCGUGAAACUCCACCAAGAGGUGAUGAACUGCCGGCGAACCCUGGUGGACAGCGGACUCCUCAACAAGCCAGAGGCCGCAACCCUAGGGCUCUUUAAGAGCACCCUCCGCAAGCUCAACCGCAACCGCAUGGAGAAGCUUCGACAAGAGUACGGGUCAGAGGGCUACAAGUCAUACCAGCACACAUACUGGGCAUUCAGCAAGAGCGCCAUCGGACAGAGUUUCCUGGUGAUGGCCGAGCCCCAGGUGGAGACGACCGCCUGCAAGCUCUUCACCUCCAUCCUCAUCUUCUCGGGACUGCUGGAGGAAGAGGACACAGAGUGGCACGGCCAGCGUGACCUGAUUCAGCUGGCGCAGUCGGUGAUGGAGUGCUGCAUGGUGCGGGAGGUCCUCCUCAACGAGCUCUUUGUGCAACUCAUCAAGCAGACCACCGACCACCCCGACCCCAAUAGCCGGGUGAAUGUGCGCCACUGGCAGCUCCUGUCGCUGGCGUGCAGUGUGGCGGCUCCGACGGACCGCCGCAUUCUCAAUUACCUCCACGCCCACCUGCGCCACUGCGCCAUGGACGUAGUCACCGAAGAGGGCCAGUUCGCCCAGUUCGCUCUCAAGUGUCUGAUGCGGACAUUGGAGACCCGCGGCCGCAAAUGGCCUCCGUCGCGCGACGAAGUAUCGUGCACAACGAGGCGCCAUCCUUGCCGGGCGCGGGUGCACUUCCUCGACGGACAGGUGCAGAACAUCGACUUCGACCCCUGUGUGUCAGCAGCGGAGGUUCUCGAGAUGGUGAAAGGACGGAUCAACCUCAGGCCCAAUGCUGAAGGUUACGCCAUCUAUGAGGUCAUUGGCCCCACUGAGCGAGCCAUGCUGGGAGAAGAGAAGCUGGCAGACGCCAUGUCCAAGUGGGAACGCUGGUCGCAGGGCCAACAAGCUGCCAGCAAGGGAAGCAAGCAACAGUACUUCCUCUUUAAGAAACACCUGCUGCUGGAUGCAUACAUGGACCUCACGGAUCAGGUGGAGGAAGAACUGCUGUUCCAUCAGCUUGUCUACAACAUACGCCUGGAUCGGUUUCCGGUCACUGAGCAGGAAGCGGUCACCUUGUGUGCCCUCAAGGCUCAGCUGGACUAUGGAGACUACCAAGAGGCAAUUGUUGACUAUAGAAAAGUGAUGGCCCAGUGUCUUCCGAUGCGGCUGCUGAAGCUGAUCUCUGCCGACAACGUGGUGACCCAGCACCAGUCUUUGGCCGGGAUGAAUGUGCAGGAGAGCAAGCGGGCCUUCCUCGCCCUGCUCCAGUCGUGGCCUCUACACAAGGCCACCCUCUUCGAAGUCACGCAAUCCUACACAUCGUCUUGGCCCAAGACGCUCUGGUUUGCGGUCGACCAGACAGGCGUGCACUUGCUGGAACUACGCACCAGGAAUGUGCUGUGCACGUGCGAGUACGAGAGCAUCAUGAACUACAGCCCCUCACUCAACAGUCUGAUGAUCGUCACCGGUGGCGGCGGCAGAAAGGGUGCCAAGUACAUUUUCUCGACCAGCCAGGCCUUGCAGAUUGCCAGCCUGAUCAAAGACUACACCAAUGUGCUCCAGAUGAAGCGCAAGCCCACCGAACGCCUGCGGCUCGUGCCUCAGGACAUUCCGACAAGACCGUUCCCCGAGGUCGCCCAGGGCCCCACGACUCCGCAGGGUCCGUCAUCCACCGAACCGUCUGCUCGUCCCGUCAGCAUCCUCUACAAGCCGCCCCCACCCGUGCUCGUCGGCGAGGACUUCGUCUGAUGCGGUGGCGGCCCCGGAUGAAGACAAGGGUCGCGUCCACCAGACGUUACUCAAGGUCUCGCUUACCUCACCGGUUCAGACGGUGAACCCGUAGGGGUUAUUAGAUGUCUCCGUAAAUUUGUAGUUCAGGGUGACUUUACAUACGAUGCCACCAAAGAGAUAACCAUGAGGCCCUAUGAUGUGCGCAACGGGACGACUUCGAAGUCUCAAACAAGCUCUUGAUGCGGUAUGACCCUGAAGUGACCUUGAAGUCACACUCAGGCUUGCACUCGAGACUUCUGUUGACAUCGUGGUUUUGCUAUGGCCUCUCAAUCUCAUUUGACCUGGUAUAAUCUUGAAGUCACUAUACAAGUAACCUCAAAGUCUCUGUCGGAUUUUUGUGUUCGGUACCUCUUGGUCAACAUGAUGGUCUUGCCGUGGCUUCUAAGUCUCAGUUGACCUCCUGCUGUGACCACGAAGUGACCUUGAAGUCGUAUUCAGGCUUGCAUUUGGAACCUCUUGGUUAACAUUGUGGUCUUGCCGAGACCUCUAUUUCAUUUGACCUUCUGAUGUGACCCUGAAGUCACCUUAUCUGGGCGACCCUGAAGUCUCAGCCAGGUUUUGUGUUCGGUACCUCUUGGUCAACAUGAUGGUCUUGCCGUAGCAUUGAAGUCUAAGUUGACUUUCUGGUAUGACCCUGAAAUGUUCUUAUAUGAUUGACCUUGAAGACUCUAUCAGGCUUAUUUGUGAGACCUCUUGAUUAACAUCAUGGUCCCAUUACAACCCUUCAGUCUUCAUUGUUCUUAUGGUGGCUUCGCGGUCUUGACCUCCUAACCUUCCGGUCUCAGAUUACUCGUGAAGGCUGUGACCCGACGGACUCGCUGAUGUCUCAGAGGGAAGAACUAAGAAAUCAAACAAAAACUUGAGAGCACAAUUUAGCUAGCAAAGAUUAAUCAGUAUGAACAAAGCCCCAAGACACAGACCUGCAGGAGGUUGUCCAGUUAGUCUCUUGUCCUUAGUAUCAGGAUUUCAUUCAUUAUGAUCAAGAAAUUGGUUUGAGGUCUGCGUCCCUCGCAGGUGGGUGAUUUUCUGCAGGAAUCAGCGCUGGAAAAAUGUCUCCUGUAAAGUUGCAAUGCAAACUGUUACGACGUGGCUCGUGCCAAUGGCGUGGCGGUAAAACGAAGGAAAUUCUAGCUCAGAGUUCUCAGAAGGCCGCCUGCUAAGGAUGCCAUUGCAAGGUAGAGCCGAAAGUGGUUCCUACAUCACAUUUGAACGACAUUUGGUACCAGGCCACGAGAAGAGUCCUUAGGGUUGUAUGGUAUGAAAGUUCCAGCACUACUGCCAGAAACCUUAUAAGCUUGUAAAGAAAUGUGAGGAACGCAUAUACAUAGAGUCGUCGUUGAAAAUGAAUUGUAGAAUGCUUUUCAGAACUUGAUGCACCGCUAUCUAUCGAACAAAAGGUAAAACAAGGUUUUCAACGUCUACAGCAUUCUUGGAUUUUAUUUUCUAUGCGACGUAGAAGGGAGCUGAAUGUUUUACAGACGAUCGCGACAGGUUGCGUUUGCAGGCAGAACUUGCAGCAUAGCUGCGUCGGGGCUGUGUGACUCAUGGCAGUUUUCACACUUAUGUGCUUCAAAGUAAACGAAAUGUGGAGGCAACAAUAACAAGCAGAGGGCGGGCUGUGAGGCACGUGGCCCCGAGCGCUAGCUUGGUGGUUCCUAUCAAUGCCAUGUCAAACCCACGGGAGUUUUUCACAUGAUCUUGUGAUGACUUGAUACUCAACAGAACCGACAUUCUCUUGUCCACUUCUAGCCAUAGUUUGGCCCUAGAAGCUAAUCGUUUUGCCACUGAUCAUCAAAAAGAGCAAGGGAGAUCUUCUAGAGAUUAUAGUUUACAUGCCACCAUCUUAUUCAGCCGGUACUGUUCGUCACCACAGUGAACAGUGAACUCAAAUUUAAUUGAUUGAUUGAUCGCAGAUAGCAAACCUAGCAAGUUAAUUUUAAGCUUUAAAACCAAAAAAUCCCCAUUGAAACUGCCUUUUUGUCUAGUGUAUAGUACUAUAAUUAAUUAGACAAGCAAAAGGGUAGUCCACCUUGAUGUAACCCUUUAGAGAUCAGUACUAUUGAUGAACAAACGUGAAAUUAUUGUGCCAAACGAAAUUGAUACAGAAGCAAGGCAGUGCUCACAGAAAUUCCAAAAUGGUCGUAUGUAAUGGGCUUUUUCGAGUUUCUGUUGAAGUAUGCAGUGUUAAAGAACUAGAUUUUUUUUUACAUUUACUGUCAACCUACACAAAGCCACCUUUGCAACGUUUGAGUUUGCAGCGACUGCAAAGUUGUAAAUACUCAGCUGCUUGUCACAAUUUUAGGUAGGCUUCUUUGAUGUAAUUUGGUCAUUGUGGUUUCUGGCUGUGGUUUCACAGAGAUGCUAAUUUAUUGACAUAUGUAGUUGCAAAGUGUAUUUGUAGCGGAAGGAGCACUUUGCACUAUGUUGUGAGCGUAAUGUGCUGGUGUAGAGCUUGUAUGUUGAGUUUAUGAAACUGGCUGCACCUUAUUUAUUAUGUUUUUUGUUUGUAAGUAAUGGAUGGAGGAGACGGUAUUUAUGAGUUCUAGUACGUUUUGUGAUCGUUAAUCGAGGCAAAAUGUUUCACAGAAAAAAAGUCUUGCAUAAAACUUAAAGGUAGUAUGUGCAAUAUAGCAUAACCCUUCUGCAAUGUGCUGGCCUUUCGGGAGCUGUGGCACGGUAUCUAGAAUUUUAAACAACUCUCAAUGUUUCGCAGGUAUAUACGCAUUUAUAUUUAUUUUUUGUCUUCCACAUCGACAUUUAACAUUUUUCGAUCGCUUCCGAACAGACCUUUGCAGUCAUUGCCACAUUCUUUUCACAAGCACUACCACCAUAGAAACGUUAUACACACACUGAGGGGAAUUUUUAGCGUAUUUAUAAACACUUUACUAAGGGCAUAUUUUUUGUGCCCGCCAUACACGGCACAACGUUUUCCGCGGUUAGUGAAAAACCUUCGAUUGUCUCUUUGACCGUUUUGCUCAAUUUCCUGGGACUACUCCACGGGAGAACGAAUGAAUGGGAGCGCGACGCCGGCGACUGUAUUUGUGAGGCAUAUCAAUCUGACCCCCCCCCCUCCCCACUGUACAUCCCCUGCCCGCGUUUGCACAUUGCACACUGAGUGCACCUACGUUGGUGACGUCGGCGACGUGAAGCAUUCCAUUUCUCGGGCAUCCCCGUACAUGUGUUGUGAGCACGAAUUAUGCCGCGACUAUUUUUGGAGCAGGUGGCGUGCAAGUGGGUGUUGCCAUCAGCUCGUUUUCGGUUCCAACCAUACGCUUCUGCUGACGGUGACACUGGUCACACUGGCAUGAAAAGAUUCUACCAAAAGAUGCCGAAAUAUAUAAUUAUUUUUGAAAAAAAGUUAAGAUGUGGCUUCUGGGAUUAGUAGCCGCCAUUAUCCGUCACCUGUGGUGGUCGAUAUCGCAGUAUUAUUCGCGACCUUUCCCAAGGUCGUAAAAACGUUUCCAGCGUUACCUGUACUGCCCCGAUUGAUGUCAGAUAGUAUCUUGAUGUUAUGUAGCAUUCGACUAGUAUACCGGUAGAUCGUUUUCAUCGUAGUGGGAGCUCCAGUGCUUAUGAUAAGCCCGCAUUACUUUCCGUAGUGAUAUAUUUAAUAUUUUUAUUGCGUUUCUAGAAAUUGUGACAACAGUGCUUACACAACAAUAUGGGUUUGACCAUAAAACCUUAACACACUCGUAGUUUUCUUUGCCGCCGAAUCCCCGAAGGAAGAGCUUGUUUUGGGCAAAAUGAGGUUGUAACGCAAAUUUCUUUUGUGUCCUGCAUAACGUAGAAAUAAAGUCGGAAAAGCGUCAUCGGUGCAAGGUAUUACCGUCAGUGUGAACGAUAAACCAGUGAGCGUAUGUUAGGUCGUCAGCACAGAGCAGUACAUAAAACAUGUGUCAACACAACGUGUUGGCACAUGUUUUGGUGGUGAGCGUCUAAAACGCAACAUAGUCUUUAACCAGCCAAGUUACGUGACGCACACGUCGACGUAGCGAAGGUGACAAAUGAUGCACUUGCGGCAAUGCAAGCUGUACAUUGACUUUUGCGUUUUAAAAAUGUGUACCUUACACGUCGCUGCUCUGUUAUGGAUUUUAACAGGUAGGCACGGUUGCGUCUGUAGUGUGAUUUUCGUUGACCGUUAGCAGGGAAUAGCUGGCUUUGCUCCGGACUGCAUUAAAACUAACAGUACGGUGUAGGAUUUUCGUUCACCCUUGUAAAUACGAUUGACUUGAAACUACUCUACACAAGCUGUGAGUGCUAUGCGAGAUGGUGAAGCGAAUGACUAUUUAUUGCAGCGGAAGGAGCGCGCACAGCAGAAGGCCAUAACUCUGAUGGUCCCCUUCACCAACUUAGACAGAUAUAUGAUAUAUAACACCAAUGGAAAUGUGUUCAGGGCUUUUGCGAGCAGAUUCCGUAGGUCGUGUCCCAAUGUAUAUAUAUAUAGAAGGAAAAACGAGAAUAUAUGGCCCUGCCCUCCUUCCCAACAUCGUUUACGGUACGUGUUAUUCCCCGUAUAUAUAUACAAGUCAAAUCUUGUUAAUUCAAACUCGAGGGGGGCUGAAAAUUUGUUUGAAUAAUGCAAAGUUUGAAUCAUCGGGAGUUUCCUCCCCUAGAGACGGAAAGGAUCGGACCUGCAUGUUAGUUUGAAUUAUCCACAAGUUUGAAUUAAUGAGAGUCGACGUAACAGCCAAAUAAUUUUUUUCUCGGGCCCCUGAUGUGUAUACUGCGAGAAGGGUGCAGCAACUUCUAAGACGACAUAUUUCUUACAAUUACUAGCUUUUUUUUUUUUUUUUUUUUUUACUUACUUAGAAUUUAAUUAUUGAUGGCUCUAAACAAACCAAAUCGCUAUUGCCGCUUCGCCGGGAGUCUUAGUGGCUAUUUCUUGCGUGUUACUCAAUAUAUGUUGAAUUAAGUAUAAUGACAUGUACUAGAUGAAUUGAUGAUUCAUAUUUUGUGAUUGCUGUUUUUGGUAGCUCAGGCUUAAGAGCUGCUGUGCCCUCUUAACUCAAGUAUAAUAGGUCUCUUAUUGGGUUGUUUUUUCUUUGUCGCGAUGUCGCCAAAGUUGGCCGAACUGUUUAAAAUGCUCUGCUGUAGAAUCGAAGGCUCGAUGGUGUGUCAAAACAGGAUAGCUCAACUCGCCGUCUCUCAAUUUCUGCUAUGCUUCUUUUUUCUCCUCAUUGAUUCUUUUGUUUAUAUUGUUAAUUCACUCAUUACCACCUGGAGUACUUAUCUUACAUUUUGACUUACGUUUUUAAGCUCUUACUCGAGUAACAGGCUCAUCUGCUUUAGGCAUCUGGCACAAUGACACAGAUAGUCUUAGAAGAAGGAGGCAAUGUUUCAAGUUUGUUCGCUAAGCCAACUAGUGUGCAUGCAUCGUCUCCAAGACGAGGGUCUAGCAGAUGGUGUGUGAUUCACAGCACUGUGUCUCCUGUCAGGUGUCUAGCACUGUCAGAAGUCUGCUUUUCAAGUGUUCUCGAUGGUUGUCUCGUCUUCACGACACGCAUUAUUUUUUAUUUAUUGAGAUUUUGAGACUUUCUGUGUUCUUUUUGAAGUAGACACAUUUUUGUAGGCCGUCAUUUCAACCUCAAUUUCUGUUUGCUAUAACGAGAUUUGUUUUUUCUGAAAGCACUGCGGCCAUUGUGGGCCUCUGCCUUCAUAAAAAUAUUGCUCAUUGAACGCGUAUGGUGGCGCUUUGUCUUUGGACUGUGUCUCACUGUGCCCGUGGUGCUGUAGUUGCAAGUGUAGCUGGACAUCGGUUAUGCUUCCUUGAGUUGUAUCGAAACUCGGCAUGUAGUGCCGGUGAACGCAAAAAUAUUUAUAAAUGAAAAAAAAAAAGUCUUAAGCGUUUUUUGCAAGUUGCACCUCAUUCCCCGUUAAAUGUACAGUUAUAUACUUCUAUCUCCAUUCUUGGUGUACCUCGUUUUUGUUUGUUUCUUUUUAUGUUUUGAAAAAACAGGCCAAAACGUUAUUACGGAGAAAAGCUUACUCGCCGCAGAUUUUCUGCUUGUAAUGUGAGAUUAUCUACUGUAUGAUGUAUAACACAACACAUGAUUGUACCUAGUCAAAUGAAACUUGCACCAUGAAGGGGCAUAUGAUGUUUUGAUAAUUAUAUACUUAAUAAAAUGAAGUUGUAAAAUUU